AAUUUGAAUAUCAUUGCAAAGUUACUUUAUUAUUAAAAUAGAUCACUCUGUGUGUAAUAUAAUUUGAGUUUCUCAUUUUGUACUGAAUUACUAAACUAAAGUAACUUUUUAAUUAUAUUUUUUAUUUUUUUGAGAUGCAACGGUAUACACACAAAAUUAUCCACAAAAAACACACAAAAAUGAAAACAAAGACUGUCAAAAUAUAUAUGAAAAUAAUUUUCUUAUAUAUUUGACGUUUUUUUUUCUGUUUUGAAUUUGUAACAUUCUUUUUCCUUUUAAUUCUUAAAAUUUUACUUGUAGAUUUUUGUGUGUGUGUGUAAAACUUUUUUCUAUGUAAGAUUUCUUAGUGUUUGAACAUGGUGUGACUGGUGAAAUGACGUUAAUACUUGGCCUCUUGAUGAAAUCAGAAAAAUCCUAGACCCACCACUGAUACCCACAAUAAACUAGUCAGUUGAGUCUGAGGUAACUGGACUCGCUAGUUAGAUAGGUUAGCUUACUUAGUUCUAUGAGUGAUUCAUAUUUGAUUAGUAAAAUAUGGAAGCACAUCUGUCUCUGAAAGAAUCAAUAAUAAUAUACUUGGACAGAAGUGGAGGGCUGCGUAAACUAAUUGAGACGUGUAACUCUCUGAAAGAAUCGCAGCAGGUAGAAGCAGUGUAUCGAUUUAAUUUUGACGUGAAUCCCACUGAUUUACUGGAGCUGGAUGCCCGCCUGGGAGACUGUGUAUUACACGACCCUCUGAAAGCCACCUCACUCUUUCAGUCUGUUUGCUAUCUCUCUAUAAAGGCAUUGUCACUGUUUGAACAUACAGUUACAGAAAACCAGGUGUAUGUUGUUCUAAAGCCCACACACAUGCCACCUUUUCCCCAAUACUUUCUGGACCUUUCUGAGUUUCCUCGUGGGUAUGGUCCAAUGAGGCCUCUGGCAAUGGAGGGCCUUGUAAUUGCCAUGACUCGGGUCACUAAAUACACCCAAGGGGCCAGAUUUCUCUGCACAGAAGAAAAAUGUCCUUGCUCCAGGGGUUUCCACCACAUUAGAGUACAUGCUCCUGGGGCCACAGAGUCUGCUACCGUAAGAAGUGGCUUCAUCUGCUUCCUCUGCUCCUCACCACUCAAAGAGGAUGUGAAGUCUCGUGUUUUAGGAGAUAAGCAGCUGAUUGAGCUUGUGCAUGUGAAAGCACUGGAUGUGCUGGGAAUUCAUGAUCCUUCCUCCCUGAGAUAUCAAUCUGUUACGCUGUUUCUGAGAGACGAACUUUGCAACUCCAUGAAAAUUGGUCAGGUCUACCAAGUGGUUGGGAUUCCAGCUCAUGUACACCAGUGGCCCAACAUUACAUGUAGCAUAGAAGCCAGCAGUGUUCAAAUAGUGAUCCCUGAAUAUCCUUGCAAGAUCAGCUGCAAUUUCCAUGCCCUGCAUGCCGCCUCUUCCUGUUCUCCUUGGAGAUUCUCUGCCAUUGUAGCCAACUCAUUUGGAUCUGGGAUCGUUCCACCCGGCCUCUACAAUACUCUGAAGCUGGCAAUGCUGCUUAGCCUGGUCCAGACUGAGGGGCAGAAUACAGAUGCACACAACCAUCUGGAUGUUCUUGCACUUAGCAGUGACACACUUGUCAUUGACAGGUUGAUGACAUACAGUCUGAGUCUGGCUGGUCGGGGUAUUCGUCAUCCAGUCACUGGAGAGCUGUUUGCGUCCCUGUCCAGAGAUGAGCAUGGAACAGGAACAGUCAACAUCCAUGCUGGUUCUGCAAUGCUGGCCACUGGAGGCGUGUGCCUGCUAGGAGAUUUAACAUGCUAUAAGAAAGAUAGGAUAGACACACUGCAGUCAGUUUUGGAAAGCAGAGCAGUGUCUGUGUUCAUUCCAGGAAAGAAGUAUGGGGAAGAUGCUGACCAGCAUCUCUCCUUCCCCAUCAAGUGUAACUUCUGGGCACUGGCUGGCGCAGAAGCUUCUUCCAAGAAACUUGUCAGACCAGAAAGUGUAGUGUUGGGCUCAAUGGAGAUGGGUUUAAUACCUCCGCAAGUUGCAGAGGCGUUUGGACUUGUGAUCCAGUGCCGUGAGCCAAUAGGUCAACACCCACUACUUCCUAUGACAGUGCACACCCUGAGGCAGGCCAUCUCACCAGGAGAGCCCCUCUACCCUGCCUGCAUGCAGUUUACCACACAGGACUACAAAGAGUUACUGGCUUAUGCUCAGGGCCUGAAAGUAGACAUGACCCCUGAAGCUGAAAAGAUGAUCCACGGCUACUACAUGGCCAGUCGGCGGGUUCGUUCGGAUUCUGCUCAGGGCUCUGCAGUAUCUGUAACCUCCAUCAAACUCAUGAUAGGAAUUGCACAAGCUCAUGCUAAGCUUAAUCUGAGGACACACGUUCUGGAAGAAGAUGCAGUUAUUGCAGUGCUGCUCUGUGAAAACGCAAUCACUCUUAUACAUGGGGCCUCAGUGCUUGUUAUUCCACCUGAUGCCCUAUUUCCUUUUGAUCUGCGGGACCUGGACUCCCUGUGCAGACGAGACCAGAUCUUGGAAGAGCUGCACCAGCAGAUCUUGCACUUUGUGUAUACUUAUGCACCAGGAGCUGCAACUUACAUCAUGGAAGAGUAGGGUACCUCUUUAACUUUGAUAACCAGCUAGUCCAGGUUGCUAAUGUUAAACAGCAUUUUACAUUUUAAAAAACAUACUUGGUGAACUGAGGUACAAAUGGUGUACAAAUAAGUGAAGUCUAAAAAGAGCAACAAACAGACAGGUACACACAAUAUUCAGUUUCAUAUUAGUUUAAUUACAAACAAGUUGAAA